AUGGCGACUAACGCGACGGAUGAUGAUAUCGCCAUAGUCGACUCCACAUACAACAUCAAACUCAAAGACGCCAUCUCAGAGAAGUUCACUCGUGACGUGACACAUCCAAAUAUAUUGAUGCGAAUACUGCAAAAAUACAACAGUGAUGUCCUCAUAGACGUAGAUAUUGUAAGUCGUUAAUUAAUCUUAAUUGAUAAUUCAAUUAGCACGAGUCAUGAAUGACGUAAUUUGUGUAAAUCAGAAUGAGUAACUUUUAUAAAAAUAAAUCCUAAGAAAUAUUUUUGUAACACGAAGAGUUCAAGAGUAUUCACAAAAUACUAUAAAAUCAAUUACUGCGAUGGAACUGUGUUCGAAAUGGAAUUAGUUUUAUUGAAGGUAGUGUUCAUUAUUUAAUAAAUAUUUUUAAAAGAACUUUCGAGGGAAAAUUGGUGAAAUCUUUAAACAUUAAUAUAUUUUGGAGUGAGCUUUUUUUUCGAACAAAUUUUCAUAAUUUCUAACUAAUAUUGAAAGAAAAUUUGAAACACAAGUCCUUUGUAGAAAUAUGUGAGGUACAUAUAGGCUAGGAAAAAUUGAUUUUACAAAAAUUGGUACAAAUUUCCCGUAACCAUGUUUAAGAGGUUGGGCUUCAAACCUUGUCCAAACAGUCUCUGGUUCAUCUCAAUACUUUUAUAUCCUGUAUCACAUUAUUCUUAAUUAACCACUCAAUAUUUUAAAUUAAAUAUCAAUGUAACUUAGAAGAUAAUCUCGUGAUUAUUAAAACUACAAGUGUCAAAAAGAAAAAAAAAUGACAUGACAGACCCGGACAUGAGAACUUUAUUGUUUGCAACCACAUGAAUUCGAAACUUUUAAUCCAUGAAUGUUAAAAUGCAGAUCAGUUUUUUUUGUUAACUUAUGUCAAAAAGAUGUAAUUUUAAUUUUUUUUUUUUUAAAUAUAUAUAAAUAUAGUUUGAUGUUGCAAACAGGACGGGAUUCAGAUCUUUCAUUGGUUUACAUCGCUAUGAACGCAUAUUCUAAUAAACAGAUGUCAAAUCAUUUAUUUUAUGAGGCAUUGCAAACAUUUAUAAAGAGAGAAAAAUCGUUGCUUCUGCAGAGAGAUUUGUAAUAGAAAAAGUUGGGUUUUUUUAAAGUUAAAACUUAAGUAGCCGUAGUACCCGAAAGAAAGUAUCUAGUUUAAAUCCUGUAAUUAUCCUUAUUAUAUUAAAGUGAAGUUGGGUGUUCUAGGUUGGAGAGAUGUCGGUGAUUAUGUAGGAUGUUCCGAAAGUUGUUUAAUAAAUGUGUUCCUGAGAUUUUGUAGGUUGGAACACAUAUCAGGUCUCGGGAAAUGUGUGGAUCAAAAUCCUGUUGGUCCAAAGAAAGUGUUUGGGAUGUGAAAAGGUAUAAAUGAAAUGGCGCGUGUUGCUUAGGGUCCGUCGGUGAGUCAGUGAGACAAUACUCACACAUCAUUAGUCAGAAGGAUGAAUGCACAAUGGUGUGACCUCACGUGGGAACGUACAGCACUCCUACUGAACGCACAUUUCAGACAUGUGUCUGCUCUUACAAAAGAUGUAUGGCCCUUGAUGUCGAUUUUUCCAGCCUGCCCUCAAACGUUCUUAUGGUCCAACUUGACGCCCCUCUGCUAAUGAUUAUAAUUUUGAAGUUUUUGCAUGUUUUUAUUUCCAUACGUUUCUAUCAAUAUAAGAAAACAAAACCCUAAAAACAAAGUUUUUCUUAUAAAUCCUUUAUAUGCUUUUUUGUUUGCAUUUAUGUAAUUGCACGCGAUUCAUCUAUUUUAAGAAGUUGUUAUGUAAUUGGUUAUACCUCUGGCAAAAAAAACCACGUUUAAUAUUGCUUUCAUUUUUUCCUUUAAAAUUACAUUUUACUUUUAAUGCAUAUCCAUAUAAAUCACAACUCCAAGCACAUAGCGUCAUCGACACAGUUAACCUCCACACCAAAACACCUUAGAACAAAUAAUUAUUAUUCCUACCCAUAUAAAAAAGAUAACACUGAUUAUUGGGGGUGGGGUGUGGCUGAAUUUUUUAAUAAAUGUUUAUUAUUGGCAACGAGUCUAUGAACCAAAUUUCUGCUCGAUAGGAUGACGUGACAUUGGUCUAUUAGCCUUCCAAGGAUGGGCCGCAAUUGAACACUAACAGAAUCGAAGUUAAUAUAAAAGAUUUAACAAAAGGAGUCGCCCACUUUAAUAUAACAAAAACCGAAAUUUUUGAGAUUGUGAUUAGCAGUUGGGAGAUUUAGUAGUUGACUUCAUGUUCAGGCUGCAAAUAUCUUUAAUAUAUAUUUGAAAUUAUUGCCUACAACUGGUAUAGACGUUAAUAGGCUGACUUAAGGUUUAAUAUACAACUUCCUGUCUAUAUUUCUGAUUUUUUUAACGUCCAUUCCGUCUCUUACAUCAAAAAGGACUACGUGAAAAUAAAACUUGAGAAAGAUGGACGAAUGACAGCGAAUGAAGCGUUGCUGGAUCGGCUUUAUCGCUACAAAAAUUGGUUCCAGUGUUUACUACAGGCAGUCAAGGAUGACAGCAUCAAACUGGGGUUUUUAGAGAAAGAAUUUCAAGCUUGUAAAGGUCAGUAGCGCUAAUUUUAAAAAAUGCUUUAAUUAGGCAUUCUAAGUGAACCAUAAAUGUCUUUUAACUAUUCCACUCAAGGAUGUGUGAAUCCAUCCAAACAGAACUAUAAAUUUACUUGCGUAUUAAACAUGAUUAUAAUAUUUAAACUUUUUGACAGUUGUUACAUUUGAAUGCAGUAAAAGAGUCACAAUGUGACAAACCCUCAAUUUCCAAUGUAUACAUUUUUAAAGUAUUCACCAUUUAUUAUAGUAUGGUUAUAGAAAAUAUUUUAUGAUAUUUUCAAAUCUUUUUAAUUUCUCUGCAGAUGACUUGGAUGAGCAAAUUUUGGCUCCAACAAAUGAGGUUAAGAUAUGAUUCUAUUCAGUUUUUAUUUGAUUUAAAAACAACAACAACACAAAAAAAAAGGUAAUUAAUAACACUUGACAUGGAAAUGUUUGUACAUAUCCCUUAUUGUCAAAUGAAAUUUAAAAAAAAAAAUUAAAAUCGUGACUUUUCUCACAUUUGUUUAUGCUUCAGGAAAUAGAAAGUAGCACUAUGCACCCUG